CCUGUGCUCCUUCCCUCCAUACACGCAGAACAAACGCUAUAUUCAUCUGCUCCGGCUUGCAGUCACUGAAACUCCCUGCAGGAACUCCUGCCUACUUUACACCACCGUUUGAGCAUCUGGACACAAUGCCAUUCAUUUCAAGGGGAGAAAACAGGCGAAGACUCUGCUCCGUUAACCCAACUAUGUGGAGAACAUGCAGUAUUUUUUGCGCAUGGAGUCUACUGUUCUUGACAGAGGUUUGCGCGCAGUCUCAGCGGAGACCAAUCUUCACAUGCGGCGGAAACAUUACAGGGGACUCUGGAGUAAUCGGGAGCCAGGGGUACCCAGGAGUUUACCCUCCAAAUACCAAAUGUGUGUGGAGAAUCACAGUCCCAGAGGGAAAGGUGGUGGUCCUGUCAUUCCGCUUUAUUGACUUGGAGAACGACAACCUGUGCCGCUAUGACUUUGUGGAUGUUUACAGUGGCCAUGUCAGUGCGCAGAGACUUGGUCGCUUCUGUGGGACGUUCAAGCCAGGAGCCCUGGUUUCAACGGGCAACAAGAUGCUCCUACAGAUGGUGUCUGAUGCCAACACAGCCGGGAGUGGCUUCCUGACUGUUUUCUCUGCUGCCAAUCCACAUGAAAGAGGGGACCAGUACUGUGGAGGCAGAUUGGACAAGCCCUCUGGGUCUUUCAAAACACCCAACUGGCCUGAGAAGGACUAUCCAGCUGGCGUCACCUGCUCCUGGCACAUAGUUGCACCAAAGAACCAGAUUAUUGAAAUCAAGUUUGAGAAGUUUGAUGUGGAAAGGGAUAACUACUGCCGCUAUGACCACGUCUCCAUUUUCAAUGGGGCAGAAAUCAACGAUGCCAAGAGGAUUGGCAAAUAUUGUGGAGACAGCCCCCCAGCGCCAGUGUUCUCAGAUGGGAACCAGCUCCUCAUCCAGUUCCUGUCAGAUCUCAGUCUAACCGCAGACGGCUUCAUUGGACACUACAAGUUCCGACCAAAGAAAUUCUCCAUCACCACGAUACCACCCACCACUACCACACAGCCAGUCACCACCAGGCCCAUACCUCUGAAGUACUCUGUAGCCCUCUGCCAGCAGAAAUGCAAAAGACGAGGAACACUUGACAGCAAUUACUGCUCCAGCAAUUUUGUGAUAACCGGUACAGUCAUCACUGCUGUGAUGAGAGAAGGAAGCAUGUACGCCACUGUCUCUAUCAUCAACGUGUAUAAAGAAAGCAAUCUGGCCAUCCAGCAGGCAGGAAAAACCAUGAGCACCAAGAUCAUUAUCCUGUGCAAGAAGUGUCCAUUUAUCAGGAGAGGCUUGAACUACGUCUUCAUGGGCCAGGUGGACGAGGACGGCCGGGGCAAAAUCGCCCCUCAGCACUUUGUUAUGGCGUUUAAGACAAAGAACCAGAAAGGACUCAAUGUUCUGAAAAACAAGCGGUGCUGAGUUCCAGUAUGGCCGAGGAUUUCCACUGGACGCGUUUGCCUGAGGCUCCGCUGUGGAUGGAAACAACUAAGCAUUAAAUGAUCUCCAACUCAACAACACAAGUCAACAACAAAACUGAAUCUGGAUGCAGAGACGCCAGAACAAAAUUGACAUCAUUCAUUCAAUUCAGCGCAACGUAGAUUUUUGUAUUUAUUCAUGUUGCUGCAGAUCACAUGUUUUUAGAAUAAACAAGAAGACAUUCAGCACUCCUACUCUGUUCUAUUAAGAGACCAGUCGGUUAGUCUUAUUUGCAACCUCAGAAUAAUUAGCAACAAAAUGAGUUGUUUCCAACGCUAUUCCACAGCCCAUUCUCACUCUGCCUCGUCACAUUCCUGUCAUGCCCCCAGCAGGAAGUUAAAUCGUAGCCAGUAACAGGAGCCCAGAAUAUCGAGUAUAGCAAUUCACAGAGAUGUGCUUCACAAAACAAACAAUAAUCAUAUUGUUUAGAACUUCCAGUGUCCACAUCUGUUCUGACAGUAUCCUGUGAUGGUACUAUUAAUUUAACAUUUUUGCAUAUUCUACUUUUCAGUUCUUUCCCCUUUGAGUCUGUGGAGCGCAAUGUGAAUAAACAGUUGGAUUUAUUAUUCAGUAUGCAUUAAACAAAUAUAGCCUUGAAUUUCCCAAGCCUAAUACCCAUCGGGGAUUUGUCACAGCUUUUUGUUGUAUUUUUAAUGACGGCGUAAACAGUCUGGAGUUCAUUUUUGUAAGUUAAAUUUUAAUGGGCAGAAUUUGGAAGUUUGGAAGUGAUGAUGAAAAGUGCAAUAUUUAAUAUGUAUGCGAUUCUUUUUUUUAAAGAUUCUAUGCUGGUUUUAUGUGAAACAAAUGAGAAACUUCCUAGCUAAAACUCUUUUUCUUUAGUUUGUUUACAGAUGCAAAGCACCGCUAUCAGCGUACACCAUUUACUUGUUUUAUAAAAGGCAGAGUUAUGAAAUGAAAAUUAUUUUCAUAUGAAAAAGUCUGUGAAUAUUAUUUAUAUUUUGUUGUUUUCAUCUGCCCAAAUAAAACUCCUUUAACAAGUUCCUUAUGUUCGUCCGUCUUAGUACAAGAACUUUCAGCUGGAAACUGAAUAAUGCCAAAUAACAUGUGGAUUGGUCUGUUGAGAGUGGUCAAGGCAGCAAUGCUAAGCAUGAGAGUGGAUCAGGUGUGUGUAAUGUGACUCUCACGUGGACUGGACCACUGGGCAGUUAGCUGAACAAGUUGACAGUUUUCAUGGCUUUCUCAACUGAGUGGCCAAAGAUCAGUUUUCAAGGAGAGGAAUCAAAAAGCAGCAUUUGUAUUCAGCUAAAUCAGUUCUUUAUGCCAUUAAAUUAAUGUUUCCAUAAAUUGUUUAAUAGUUUUUUCUGGUGAAAACAAUGGCUUUCUUUAUUUACAAAAAAAGGGUUGAAUAGCUGAUUAAUACAUAUGGGGCCU